AAAAUAAACUCAAAAGUAUGACGAAUGAGAGACGAUCAAGCUCGUCCGUAAUAUCUUUGGUUCUACUCUCCGUAGUUCUCUGCCUAAAUAAAGUAAAUGGUAUACCGUUUGGUGACAGCUGCUCUCAAACAGUUUUACCUCAGAAUGUACCUUUGUGCCAGACAUGUGAACUUUUGGGAUGUGGGCAUAGGUAAAAACAUAAAUCUAUUUUUAUUUAAUAUAUAAGUAUUAUGUAUAUUGAAAGUUUCCUUUGUUAAUGUUCAUAGCGAUAAUCACUGCUCUUGCCAAGAAAGUUGUCAUGUAAGCCAAAAUUGUUGUCCUGAUUUUCAACAAUCCUGCCCAAAUCUGUAUAGAAAGAGUCUCGUAUAUAAAACCUUAAAAAAUACCAUGGAAUGUAAAUAUUACAACGACUCAGCUGAUAGUUUACUUGUUAUUUCAAGAUGUAGCAAUGGAGAUAGUUGUGAGUUUGGUAAUGGAAGUCUACUUGAUCAUAUUCCGAUGAUUCAUAAUUCAAGUUCUCUUUUAUUCAAAAAUAUUCGUUGUGCUCUUUGUAACGGGUUUCAUAAUGUUAAACCUAUAGAUUAUACAAUUCAUUUAAAGGGCAAUUGGGAUAAUAUAAAAUCUCCUAGUAUUGGUUUUAGAGAUUUGGAAAAAUUGAUAAAAACUUACCAUAUCAAUUACAGUGUAGAAUUGAACUUUUCCUCGAAAUUGGAAACCUGUUUCCCCAAUCUAAUAUCUACUUGCCCUAAAACUUGCACAAAUCAAGAAUUAAUAAAGAAAUGCCAGUCAAUUCAUACUAUUGCUAAUUGGGAGGCUUACUAUUACAAGAAUGCUUAUUGCUUACUCUGUAACAUACCUAUGCCUCAUGAAAUUCUUCCGACUACCUGUAAUUUGCCACCGCAGUCUAAAUUCAACGUUUAUUUAAAUACUUUUAAGUAUAAUUUUUUAUUCAGUGAUCUGUUAAAUCUUGGAAAAGAUGAAAAUUCAAUAAACAGUAAAACUGCUGAGUGCACAAAAGAUCAAAUCUACGUUGAAAGCGAGAAAAAAUGCUUAAAUGUCGUUUCAAGGGAGGAAAUUCUUCCUAUGAUUGACGUUGAUGUUUGUAAUGUAGAAAUAUUUCUUCAUAUAGUCGACAACGUCCUUUGUCGUAGUAUGACACCGGAAGUAUUUCAGCAGAUAGCUAACUCAACUAUUGAGGGUUUUGUGGAGAAGAUGAACAUGUUGAAGAUUGCCAAAAAUCCCUUGAUGCCAUCUGAUAUUUGUCAACUGAAGAACUCACUUUAUAGACAAUGCGAGUACAAAUGUCGAAUGAUUGUAGUGAAAGGUUCUGGAAGCGAAUGUCAAGCAAAUAAACUGGCAUUAGAAUUUCAUACAUUCCCAAAAGUAAACCGAUAUGUCUCUCGCAAUCAUCCACCUCUACCUAACGGAAGAGUUAUUGCAAAUUUUGUUCCACUUUCUCCAAUUGUUCUAUACAAUUUAAAACGCGAUCAAUUAUGCAAAACAUACAUUGAAUUCAAUUCAACUUCGCCAUUAGUAUCACUGGCACAUAAAGUUGUUCAUUUUAAUAAUUAUUCCUAUAUUUGUAAAGAAGAAGUCGCCAAUUUAACUUUAAACUUGAAAGAUGAGAGAAAAAAGGAAGUUAUUUCUGAGGCAAUUGAUAUCUUUGGAUUAGUGUGUACUUCUUUAUCAUUAUUAGCUCUCCUUUUUAGACUAAUAGCUCCAGCAAUUCUUCCUGCAUUAAGAACAAGAGGACUAUGGUUCCAAUGGAAUUUAGUUUUUGCAUUACUUAUAUGGCAAUGGUGUAUCUUCCUAUCUCCUUUUCUUUACGAAUACUUAUGGGUUUGUAGGAUAUUAGCAGUGUUUGGUCAUCUAAGUAUCCUAAGUUCAAUUGGAUGGCAAGCUGUUCUUGCAACUGAUAUCUUUUUUAAGUGUCGAGAACAAUCCUUACUAAGUAACAACAUAUUUACUAGAGCAAAAGUAUCAACUGUUUUCGCAACAGUAUGGUCUGUCAGCUCUGUCCCAGUCAUAAUAUCAAUCAUGAUAGAUACUGCAAACCUGAAAAAUUAUGGAAAAGCGUUAUAUGGAAGUGACUCAUCCGACUCGAUAGAAACUAUGGCAGAUGGUAAUCAAUGUUGGAUAUAUGGAUUUACUGGACAAUUUAUGCUUUUAUUUCUACCAUUCGCUAUAGUGCUACUUUUCAACAUAAUUAUAUUAGCUUUAUCAAUACGAAAUCUACAUGUACUGACAUUAAAAUCUCCAUCAUCGAAAAAGACUAAUUCAAAGAGAGAGAUAAUAAUAUACGGCAAAUUAACUAUAUUGUUCGGUGCAACAUGGAUUUUUAUGAUUUUAGCAUCAUUUAUCAAACAUGAGGUUAUCUUAGUAUUGAAUAUCGUAUCAAACGCAUGUAUAGGUAUAUGGAUUGGUUUGGCCGCUCUAUCUAGAAAGAAAUAUUGGCAAGGCAUGUUUAAAAGACAGUCAGAUACUAGCAAAACGAAUCCAUCGAAUACAGCAAAUAGAUGA